GACAUUGCAGUUGCGGUUCGGUUAAAGAGGAAGCGGCGGCGGCGGCGGAGAAGACACCAAGAGGCCGCAGGUGGAUACCGGCUUCAGUAGCUGAUGUGGGAGCGGCCGAGGAAGCGGAGAGGCUGUAAAAACACCGUCAGCGUUAGCUGGUGGUGAUGAAGGCAGGUUGUCGGGCUAAUUUAACACACUGUCGUAUCUCUGUCAGUUCCCUGUUCCGUUGUGUCGAGUCACCCGGGUUAGCUAAGCGCUGCAGACACUCAGGUCACAGCCAUGUAUUAUUUAUCCCACGUGGAGCUGUGGAGAACAUACUGGGAGUGUGUUUCCAGGCCUUACACGGUGUUCAUCUGCUCCCUCACGGCCGCACUGUACUAUCUGUGGGGCCGGAAGUGUCAGAUGCCAGCUCUGGUUUGCAGCGAGGCUUUUAGCACAUUCCUGCACAAACACUGUCCCGUGGUGGCCGAGCGCUUCAGCCCCACUCCCUGGUGCUGGGGAGGCCGGCUCCAAACCCUGGUCUGUGCCCUCAUCAAGUCCAGACCUCCCGUCGCUUAUCGCAAUGAGCUGAUCCGUACAGUUGAUGGUGGUCAGAUCUCUCUGGACUGGGUGGACAAUCAGGCCAGCCACAGCUACCCAGAAUCCUCCACCCGCCCCACCGUGCUGAUCCUCCCGGGUCUGACGGGGAACAGCCAGCAGCCAUACGUGCUUCACGCCAUUAACCAGGCCACUCGCCACGGCUACAGAUGUGUGGUCUUCAACAACAGAGGCCUUGGAGGGGAAGAGUUGUUGACGCCGGUGACCUACUGCGCUGCCAAUACCUCUGAUCUGGAACGAGUGGUGACCCAUGUCAAAGGACUUUACCCCCAUGCCCCUGUGCUUGGUGCUGGUGUAUCCCUGGGAGGCAUGGUGUUGUUAAACUAUCUGGCCCGUAAGCGCUCAGAGUCGGGGAUGGUGGCUGGUAUCACCAUCUCCGUCCCCUGGGAUGCUCAGAAAUCAUCCGACUCAAUGGAAGAACCUCUCAACUGGCUGCUCUUUAACAAGUACCUCACGAGUGGCCUGUGCCGUGCUGUUACCAGGCACAGAAAGAUUCUGGAGAAGGUGGUGGAUGUUGACUACGUCCUGAAGGCGCGGACUAUCCGUGAGUUUGACGAACGCUUCACGUCUCUGCUGUUUGGUUAUAAAUCUUGUACGGAUUACUACCGUGAUGCCAGUCCAGAUAAAAAACUCCCCAGAACAGCUGUACCCAUCUUGUGUCUAAACGCCGCUGAUGACCCCUUCUCUCCCCAAACUGCCUUCCCAGUGAACAUCGUGCAGAACCUGCCUAACGUCGCCCUGCUGCUGACGGCCCACGGCGGACACAUCGCCUUCUUGCAGGGUCUGUUUCCGCGAGGUGAGAGCUACAUGGAGCGCCUGUUCGGCCAGUUCGUCCAAGCCGUCUUCGAAUACCCAAAAGACAUCGAGAAAGCCUGCAGCAUCAAAGAGGAGCAGACGGGCGAAUAGUGCAAAGACCGUAAGCCGCAAAACAUACGAAGCCACUGACAUUAUAGCAGUAGAACAGCAGUUCACGAGAAUGCAGUGCUUAGCUUUGCAUGCAGUUACCCCAACACGGCAGUCCUGUGUCUUCCUCAUGUUUGCAGGGAGAUGACCAACUGUAUUGUGCAACUCUGCUAAUCUACCUCAUCAUCUCAGGUUCUCUUUAAAUAAGCAAUCGAAGAAGUAGAAGAAAAAGAAAUUAAGCUGUGGAAGCUAUGUUGAAGCUAUAUGUAUUUAAGAAACCUUGGAGCAUCUGAAAAGCUCAAGACACAAUAAGAAAAUAUAGUAUUUUUAAAUUAUUUAUCCCCCCCAAAAACAAAAAACGCUUUUAAUUGUAUUAUUUCCCCCACAUUAGCCAGCCGUCCCAGCUGCACAUGAAGCACUGUUGUGUGUAUAGAAAACAAAACUCAUUCCUUGAAUACUACACCUUUUUGCUGUUGGAAAAAAAAGAACCAAUGAACUGAAUGUAAAAACUAGAGCAGUAGUAUUGUUGUUGUCCUCUUGAUAAAAGUGUGCUAUUUCUUUUGCCUCACGCACUACUUUGGUUUUGCCAGAUAUAUUUUCUUUGAGGUGUGUCACUGAAGGUUCAACCUUGCAUGCUUUUUCAGUAUGCUUCAGUGCAACACUACAUAAACAGCACAUCGGAGGUAAAAAAGCUGACAAUGUUAAAAAAAAAAACUGCAAAGCGUACUGUAGUAUUUCAGAUAUUUGUAAAAAUUGUAAUAUCUGUUGGUUUUUAAUUUAUCGUCAUCUGCCUUUUUUUGUCAUCUGUGCACAAUGUUUAGGGACCAGAUGAAGGAAUGUUUAUCAUGUCAAGAUUGUAGCUACUUGAUAAUGGUUUAUUGUGUUUGCAGGAAUUUGACUUGAAUUUAAUCCCAUUAUUGCACGAUCAAUUAGAAAAUAUCUAGUUUAUGUGGCUGCUCUAAAGCAGAGGUGUCAAAGUCAUCUUGGUUCAGGGGCCACAUUCAGCCCAGUUUGAUGUCUAGUGGGCUGCACCAGUAAAAUCAGAGCAUAGUAACCUAUGAAUAACCAUAACUCCAAAUUUUCCUUUGUUUUAGUGCAAAAAAUUGCAUUCUGAAAAUGUCCACAUGAAAGGAAUUAUCUUUUCACAAAACAUCAUGAACAAACUGAAGUUUCUGAAGAAAAAUAAGUUCAAUUUCAACAUUAUUAUGCCUCAGUUUAUCAUUUACACAUUAAGACUUGUAGAUCACAGAGUGUCUAUAAGACACAAAACAUUUAACUGAAUAAUACAGCAUUUUAUUUUAUGGUCCAUAUGACAAGUCAGACAAAAAAAAAGACCAAAAACAAGACAAAAAUGUUACAAAAAUGAGACACAAAACAACAAAAGCAAGAAACAAAAUGACAAAAGAAUGAGACAAACGACAUGAAACAAAACAAAAAAUGAGACAACAAAGUUACAAAGCGACAAAAAAACAACAAAAACAAGACAAAAUGUUACAAAAAUGAGACACAAAAUGACAAAAAAAUGGAUACACGACACACACGAGACAGAAAAAAGACACAAAACAACAAAAACGAGACAAAAAAACAAUUAAGUGAAACAAAAUGAGAGAAGUAAGACAAAAAACACAAGUGAGACAAAAAGGAAACACAAAUCGACAAAAGCGAGAAAGAAAACGACAAAAGUCAGACAAAAAAACAGGACAAAAUAUUCCACAAAUAAGGCACAAAAGAACAAUGAGCAAUCUCGUUUUUUACUUGAUGGUGAAAACAACUUGUCAUGGUCUAGAAAUUAUUUAAAAUUUAUAGUUUAAAAAUUUACAAUUUGCAGUUGGUGUCUUCUCUGUAAUUUUUACACUUUACGAAGUCGUCCCACGGGCCGUUUUGGACCCUCUGGAGGGCCGGUUUUGGCCCGUGGGCCGCAUGUUUGACACCCCUGUUCUAAAGCUUCUAAUCCAACUCUUCUUUUUUUGCCAUCUGCGCACAUUGUUUAGGGAACAGAUGAAGGAAUGUUUAUCAUGUCAAGAUUGUAGCGACUUGAUAGUAUUUUAUUGUGUUUGCAGGAGUUUGACUUGACCUGGUCCUUGUGUUUCACCAAGGACCAGGUCAGUAUGAUGUUGGUGCACUGAUGAUAAACCCAUUUUAUGGUGCUAUUACCAAAUAUUAUUUUAAAAUUCAUGUGAAUUUUUUUAGCAGAAGCUACUGUUUUAAUUGACUCUAAGUGGCUCCACAUUAAGAGUCAAUUAUUAGAAUUCUUUUAAAGACCAUAGCAGCUAAUGUUGCUUAUUGUUGGCUUUUAAUUAGCAGCAUGACUUUUCAGUAUAAUCAGCUGGUUGUUUACCACAUUCACAUGCCUUUAGUUGCUCUGUUGGCUGACGUUUUUGUAAUCACGGUGCUUUUGCAAUAUCAAUCGAGGUUGUAAUUAUUUGGGCAUUAUUCAUUGUAUCUUUUGGUCAUGUUUUAUUUAAUUGCACUUGAAUUAAAGAAUGACGGUGAUAUGA